AUGAACCUUUCCGAAGACCUCCAGCUCCGAGACAAGAGCCUGGCCCGGAAGAUCCGCGGGCCGGUAAAGCAGGCAGUAUGGUGGACGACCCUCAAGGCAGAGGAGGAGACGGGUGAGAAUGGAGAGGGCGCCGAAUCAACCGCCACACAAUGUGAUGUUGAUACUGGGCUGAAGGAAGAGCUUCUCAAACAGGUGCAAGAGCUCAAAAAUGAGCUAAACACAGAACGUGAGGCACAGAAGGUAGUUGAAAAGAGACUGGAAGCAGCCGAGGAAAAGCUGAACAGGGCAGCCAUUGUGACCGAGAAUUUAUCAACCUCGACAAGCCAUCGGCCAUUCUACUUAUUCGGACACAUGGCGAACAGUCUGGCAGACGUCGACAACUUUGUGACGCAGGGUGCAAAUGCCAUCGAAGCUGACCUCAGAUUUGCCUGCGACGGAACGGCGCUGGAUUUCUAUCACGGCGCACUCUGCCGCUGCGGUCGCGACUGCCUCAAAUCAGCUGAAGUUCCCGAGUACCUGUCCUACCUGAGGGAUGCGGUCCAUGAAGGUGGCAAGUUUGCCGGCAAGUUGCAGCUCCUUCACAUCAACGCGAAGGCUGGAAACCUUCUUCCUGGCAAGAAAUACGAGGCCGGCAUCAACUUGGCCAAAAGCUUAUUGCGCUACCUGUGGAACAACGGAACAAUUACGUCCCAGAACAAGCUGAACGUGAUCCUGUCUGUCUUCACAACGCUGGAAAAAUACAUCAUCUCGGGAGCACUGGAUACCAUCAAGCGGGCCGACAAUUCCUCGCAGUAUCUCGACCACGGGGGUUUUGACAUCAGUGGACACGAGUUGCUGAACAUCAUAGCCAACACGUACGAAGAGCUGGGCAUUUGGCAACAUCGCUGGCAGGGUGAUGGCUCGGCUAAUUGCGUCAUUGACGGCUACGGGGAUUUACGCACGGAAGCAGUGACGUCACGACGAACGGCGGCGAACACGACGCAUGACUACGUGGACAAGGCGUACGUGUGGACGGUUGACACUUCACUCAGCGUGCGUCGAUUCCUGAGGUAUGGCCUGUUUGCGUUAUUCACGAUCUUCCAGUGUGAACACAUCCUCAAAGAAGACGAGUUUUCAAAUAUGUACAGGCUUGCAACUGCCCAGGACAGCCCAUGGAAGCGUAUUGUUUAA